AGGACAACAUGUCGCUCUACGAUGGAGUCGACAUCGACGGUGUGCCAAUGCAAUCAACUGCCACGGAAGGAACCGACAUUACCAAGCUUUCUGGCUGGUCCUCCAGUUACAAACUUCUACAGACUCAGCUACAGAGAAAGAAAGUUGCUCAAACAAGACCAUUACCAACAUCUCGAACAAAGGCUGUAAAUCAAGUGGUCCUGGGCAUCAAGAGAUCAGCUGAUGAUUUGGAGGAUUCUACAGCUUCAGAUAUUGAUGGUAGAGAAAUGCUGGAUGCUGACCUCCAAAAGGUCCCAGAACCUUUCACAGAGACAGAAGCCUCACUUGCUGUUGUCAUCGAUGAAUAUGAUCCUUUGAGACCAAAUGAAUAUGAGUUGGUCAAACAAAAGUUCAGAGAAGAGAAAGAAAAUGAGAGAGGGGACAGAGGUGAAAGGUCAGAGAGGACAGACAAUCGAGAAAGAUCACGAGGUGACCGUGAUUAUGAUAGAGGAGAGAGACACAGAGAUCGUGAGCGUGACAGAGACCAUGAUCGCGAGAGAGACCGUGACAGGGACCGGGAUAGAGACCGCGACAGAGAUCGUGAUAGAGAUAGGGACAGAGACCGAGAUCGAGACUACCACAGAGACAGAGGAAGAGACAGAGGAAGACGCAGGGGUGAUGAUGAGGAUAGUUAUGGCAGCCAACCUCCACGCCGAGGAUUUCCUGGGGGAGCAGCCAUUGCACCACCCCCAUCUCUUAUGCAGGAUUCAGCACCUGUGGAACAAGCUGCCCAACAGUGGCCAGUGUCCAGUGGAGCAGACUUUAAUUUUGCAUCUGAAAAUAAACCAAAAGCUGGUGGCUUUUCUGCAAGUCCUGUUGCAUCUCAGAUUAUGGCAAAAUAUGGUUGGAAAGAUGGCCAAGGUUUAGGAAAACAAGAGCAAGGUAUUAACACAUGUUUGCAAGUGGAGAAAACCAGCAAGCGAGGCGGAAAAAUAAUCAACCAAGACAAAGAAUCAAAAGCUGCAAUGCAAGAAGCAGAACCAGUUACCAGCGUUAUGAGGAACCCAAGCAAAGUUGUUGUUUUGAGGAAUAUGGUUGGUCCGGGGGAGGUGGACGAAGAGUUACAACCUGAAGUCGUGGAGGAGUGUAACAAGUAUGGUGAAGUUGCCAAAGUUGUAAUAUAUGAGUUUCCCCAAGGAGUUCAGCCUGACGAGGAAUCAGUUCGCAUUUUUGUGGAAUUUCAGCGGGUUGAGUCUGCGAUAAAAGCUCUCGUGGAUCUCAAUGGAAGAUUUUUUGGGGGUCGAACUGUCAGAGGGGCAUUCUUCAACUUGGACAAGUUCAGAAGACUCGAUCUAAUGGCCGAUCUCUAAUUCGGACAAAAGGCCGUAUGAUAAUUUAUGGAACUUGUUUAUUAGUCGACAUGAUUUCGAACUAGAAAUGAAGUGCCAUAAGAGAAUCAGAUACGAUUUCGUGGAGGAGUUCAAAUUCCAUGUCUAGCGCAUUGGCCAAAGUAGAAAACCUAACAUGUCUAUAUUUGGAAUUGCGGAGGAGUCUUGUUACCGACCCUCGUUUUAUCCCUCGGUUCAUAGUACAAAGCAUGCGCACGAAAAUCGAUAAAUGCAACAAUUUCCUUUCCUUGGCCAACAGUUUUUGUUGAGAAUUUUUGUGCAGUUUAUCGAUGGAAGUGGGUGAAUCUUUCACCGCCUGAUGCUGCUUUCCGAACGGACCCAAAAUAAUUGGAGAACGAAGUCAAGAACUUUGAUUUAACUCUCGCUUUUAACCCUUUACACCCUAACAUCAGUAUGCAAACUCUCCAUACUAUGUUCUAUACAUUUCCUACGGUGCUGACAAGGAGAAUUUGUUUAACAAUCAAGCGCUUCUUUAGUUAAUGAUCAUUUCCUUUAUUCUCGUUACCUAAAUAGGUGAUAUGGUGAGGAGAAAUUAGGUGUUAAUCACUCCUGGAAAGAAUAACAGAUGACAGACCUACACCCAUGUAAUUAAAAGCGCGUUUUCCUUGUU